AGCAGUAUAUGAAACUGAGCUUGUGCAUGUUUUCUCGAUCAAGUUUACUUCCGACAAUGAAGAAGAGAUUGUUGUGAAUUUAUAAGCUUCAUUGUUUAAAACCUGAAUUUAUUGUUCUCUCUCUGCUAUGAGCUCAAUUCCACCAUGGCUUCGUCUCUUGCAAGGAACCAUAAAUCGAAGCACGAGAGAGUUAAAGCGAAUCCACGCCCACGCCAUCACCAAUGGCCUUGCAAGAUUCUCCUACGUCUCCAGCAGACUCUUGGCCUUCUAUUUCCGACACCACCAGCGCAACCGCCGCGAUAUGCGCCGUUUAGAGGCCUUUUUCAUUCACAUGCCAAUUCACACUGUGUUUGACUUCAAUGUCAUGAUAACAGCUUUUUCAAGAGACUCACAGUUUUACAACUGUUUUCUGCUUUUCAAACGAAUGCUAGCCACUGGUGUUAGGCCUAACUCUCACACCUUCACCAUGUUCGUCAAAUCUUGCCGUGGAUCUUUGUCUCUCCUCCAACAAGCCCAUGCCCAAGUGGUGAAGUUGGGGAGUGUGGAUUAUGACGCUUUUGUGGUGAGUUCUUUGAUUGGUGUUUAUUGCGAUCAUGGAGAAGUUGGUGCUGCACGGCAGGUGUUCGAUGAAAGUUCCAACAAAAAUGUGGUGUGUUGGACUGGUCUUGUUAGUGGUUAUUGCAAUAAUGGUUUAGUUGAGGAAGCAAGGCUGUUGUUUGAUGAGAUGCCGCAAAGGAAUGAGGUAUCCUACAGCGCCAUGGUGUCUGGGUAUGUGAGGAAUGGUUGUUUCAAUGAGGGCAUUCAAGUUUUCCAUGAGCUCAAGUGUUGUGGAAAUGUUAUUAAUUUGAAUGGCUCUCUUCUGGUGAGUGUGCUCAAUGCAUGUGCUGCUGUGGGUGCAUUUGAAGAAGGCAAAUGGAUUCACAGUUACAUUGAAGAAAAUGGUUUGGAGUAUGAACUCGAACUGGGGACUGCAUUGAUUGAUUUCUACACCAAGUGUGGGUGGGUGGAAGAGGCAGAGACAGUGUUUGAUAGUAUGCCUAGUAAGGAUGUUGCUACUUGGAGUGCUAUGAUAUUGGGUUUGGCUAUUAAUGGAAAGAAUUAUAUGGCUCUUGAGCUUUUCGAUAAGAUGGAGAAGGUUGGACCCAAACCCAAUGCAGUUACUUUUGUUGGUGUUCUAACUUCCUGCAAUCACAAGGACUUGUUGACUAAAGCGUGGUGGUUUUUUGAACAAAUGAGUGAAAAAUAUGGCAUCCUACCAUCCAUUGAACACUAUGGAUGCAUGGUUGAUGUUUUGGCGCGAGGCGGGCGAAUCAAAGAUGCUUUAGCGUUAGUUGCUAGGAUGCCGAUAGAACCGGAUGGAGCCAUAUGGGGGUCUUUGCUCAAUGGAUGCAUGAUGCAUUGUCAUGUUGAACUGGCACAUAGAGUUGGGAAGUAUUUGAUAGAAUUGGAGCCUCAACGUAGUGGAUAUUACAUCCUUCUAGCAAACAUGUAUGCAAGUAUGGGCAAAUGGGAAGGCGUCUCCGAGAUGAGAAGACUGAUGAAAAAAAGGGGAGUGUCAACCAUUUCUGCUUGGAGUUUCAUAGAAAUUGACCAGUCCAUCCACAAAUUUGUUGCUGAUGAUAAGUGUUGUACAUAUUCAGAAGAAAUUUACGGAGUUUUAAACCACUUGAGUAAGGGACUCGAGGAUUUAACCAGAUCAAAAAAUACAUUCUAUUUAUUUGAAGUAAUAUAACUUAAAAAAUAGUGGUCUCAGACUCAUAUUGCAUAUGAAUUUCAAGAUAUUACUUAUUGAUCUGAUCAGCCAUCUGUACAUUAUGGAAUUCAGUUUGGCUUCUGAAAAUUGAAGGGCUCAUUCUUUAUUUCAAUACUAAAGUUGGUUGUUGAGACUGCCAAACUCACUUUAUGGCUAAUGAAAUGGUCUUGAGGUCUAAACUCAUUUGGAGAAGGUUAGUUAUCGGUAUCUUCAAAUUCAAUACUUUCCAUUAGAACAAGAGCAUCAUCCACUGAUGUCUAUGAAGAAUGGUCAUGUUGUGAUGCUGACAAACAAGGAAGAUUUGGAAUUAAAUCGAAUAGUUGCACAGAUCAUUGAGCAGAACAUGUUGGAAUUCCAAACAUCAAAUUGGAAGAGCUGUUUAAAGGCCAUGGAGUCCUCUAAAACCUAUUGCAAUGGAAGAAGCCCUUAAUUUUGUCCUCAAGAUUAAGAAUUUCUUUUAAAAGGUGAAAAUUGUCACCAUCCGUGGUUGAUGUCGGCGAUGACGAUGACUUGCGGUUUCAAAUGGUUAGGGUUGGUAAGGAAUCGGGAAAUGGUGCUUGCUGCAGACAUUAGUCACUGUUGGUACGGCCUGCUGCGGUGUUGUGUCUGAAUCGUGCUCUGGUUCUGUCCCACCGCUUGACCCUGUUGUUUCUGUGUUUUUUUGUGUUGGAUUGUUAUGUGUUUUCUUGCCAAUUGAUUUGUUAGGGUUUGUGGUUUGCAAUUUGUUCGUGUGUGUAUGCCAAUUCUGGAGUUUGAUCCUUGUGUUCUUAAUCUUUGCAUAUGGAAUUGCUUUUUGUAUUUGUGUUUUGAAUGUCCGGUUAUAUCUUUUCAUCUUCUGUUUCCCUCAUUGUUCUUCCUUGAUCAUUGUUUGAAUGUGGGAUGUUGAAACUUGCAUGUCUUUGGUGGGUAUUUUGGAGAGUGAAAAUGAAGUAGAUGAUGUUCUUGUUGACUAUGCUUAGCUCAUGGUUUCUUGACUGGUCCGAUGUGCAGGGUAUGGCUUGCUUAUGUAACUUCCUUGAACAGUUUACAACUGUUUCCUUGAUUAUGUAGAAUUCUAAUUCAUAGGAAGUUUGAAGAAGUUUUCAGUUGGAGUUUUGACUGUUCCUGUUUAGUGGAGGAAUGUCAAUGGUGUCCUUUUUCAUGAGAUUAUUGCUAGGAAAGCAAUUUGGAGAAGUCAGACUUGGAUCCAGAAAGCUCCGAAGGAUAGGUCGAUGACCAAGAAUGUGGCUGAGGAAAUAGCUGAGAAACUAUGUGAAUCAAUGGCAGCAAGUCUUGAAGGCAAGAAGCUAGCUUCAUUUACAAGGAUCUCUUCAACAGUGCACGCAGCAAUGGAAGAAGCCCCUGUUCGUAUUUAAGUUUUUAACCCCUAGACACUAUUCAGGGAUGUGCAUGCUGCCAAGGAGCUAAGGAAACCAUAUGUUGUUGUAUUUGUUGGAGUUAAUGUUGUUGGAAAAUCUACUAAUCUUGCUAAGGUGAAGGAGAAUAAUAUUUAUUGGGCUUUUCCAACUGUUCAAAUUAAUUGACAAGAAGUCAAUUUGUAUCACUUUAAUGUUCAUCGAGCUUGUGCUAAUUUGUGCUACUUUAAUAUUAAUUUUUUGUUCAAAUUAAUCGGCAAGAAGUCAA